AAUUAUAGAGAUUGAUAGCAGACGAUUUGCUCUUAUAAAUAUUGGCAAUGUAUAACUUUUACUGGUUUCUACAUAAUUUUGGUCUUCAUUUAUUAUUUUAAGAAGACAUUGAACUGGUAACAUGGGUAAAAAUCGUGAUAAACAACGGACAAAAGGGAAUUUGAAGCCUUCCAGUAGUGGUCGUGCUGCUGCCCUAGUAACCAGGGAUGGUACUCUUGGAUUUGUGGGGUUUGAUGGCCAAGGCUCCUCAAAUUUAGGCUAUGUUCCCAUGACAACAAGCGAUGAGGUUGAUAGCACCGUGGAUGGUAGCUUUAGAAUGGUGAUGAGAAAAUUAUCAAAGAGAGACUCACUUACCAAAUACAAGGCUCUACAAGAGUUUAGUGAAUUGUGCAAGAGUUCCAAAUCAGAGGUAGUUGAAGGUGUUCUGCCAUUUUGGCCAAGGCUGUACAAUAAAUUGUCUAUGGAUGUUGAUCAACGUGUUCGGGAAGCCACCCAAGAAGCCAUGUUUCAAUUAGUUCAGCGAGUUGGUCGUAACCUUGCACCUUACUUGAAGUCAUUGAUAGGGGCGUGGUUAUGUGCGCAAUUUGACAGCUAUGCACCUGUUGCUUCAUCUGCACAACGAGCAUUUCUUGCUGCAUUUUCUGAAACAAAGCAAAUUGAAGCUUUGAUGUUUUGUAAAGUUGGUCUCUGUGAGUUUCUAGAGGACAAUAUUCUCAGACAAACAGCUGAAACAUUGUCAGAUCCAAAGAUUGUUUCUAAAGAAGAACGAGAAGCAAAAUAUAACAGGGUUGUGUCUUCUUCACUUCUUGCUCUUGGUUAUCUAAUGACUACCAGUAGCAAUGAGGUUAAUGUUGAAAUGCAAUCACGAUACCAAGAGAUUUUUGAAGAAAAGAAGCUCUGGAAGCUUGCCAGACAUUCUUCACCACUGGUUCGAAGUGCUGUCUUUUCUCUUGUUAUCUCAUCUUGUAUGAAGAUUCCAACUAUCAUUCAGUCUGUCUGUUCUCAAGCAUGCCCUGUUGUCCUUUCAUCACUGGAUGAGUCUGAACCAGCUGUCUGUCAGAACCUAUGGGGAGCUGUCUUGUUUGUCCUAAAAACUAUCCCUGAUUGUUGGUUACAUGUCAAUGUGCGUAAAGCAGUUUUGCCCAAGCUAUGGUCAGUACUGACAAAUGGUGGCUAUGGAUGUGCAUCCGUAAUUUAUCCAAGUCUGUUACCAUUCAUCAGUACUUUACCUCAAGAGGUUGUUACUUCUGGUGUUGGUUUUUAUCAAAAUUUCUUUGAUAAUUUACAAGAAGGGCUGCAGAAACCAAGAGUACAGCAUAGUCCAUCUGAAUGUGCCGUUGUUAUGGCAACAUACAUGGAAUGUCUUCGUUACUGUCUAGUGCAUUCAUCAUUACAGGAAAAUGGUUGGUCAGUUAAAGGCUACUUGGUAAAGGACCAGUUGCUUCCACUUAUGAGAAAUUCACUCCAACCUGACACCCUGGUACCCACAAUGCACCUGUACCUUGGCGUCAGUGAUUUAUUGAACUUUUUAAAUAAAGAUCUCACCAUGGAAACAGCAAGGCCCAAGAAAGCUGCUGAUGUUGCCAUGGCUGCAAGUAGCCAUGACGUUACCAGGGAUACUAUUACAGUGAGGUGUAAACAAGAAGCAUUGUCAGGCACUGAGUUGGUUGUCGAGGAGGCAGAAAUUAUCUUGGACUGGUUCUGGCAAGGUUUCAACUCUAUUUGUUUAGAUAUUCUUACAGAGGAAGAAGAUGGAAAGCUUAAUACAAAUGCCAUAGACAGCCUUGCUAGUUGCAUUCUUGGUUUAAAGUCAUCUUCAACUAUCCCAAAGAAACAGAAGAAGCAAAAAGUAGCCUUUGCUAAUCCUAAAGCUGAGACUUUGACAGCAAAAACUGAAAUCCAGCCAAUAGGUCGGACUUCUUCUGACAUAAAGAUUGGGGACUUGUAUGGAGGCCAGUUAUUGGAAAUCGCUUGUAAUGUUUGUCAACUUUGCAUGAAGAAGUUAUUGAGUAAAUCAUCUCUUUAUUUCAAGCUGUUUUCUUCACUUUUUCCUCAUUUUAUUUCUAAUAAACUUUUACAAGUUUUGUUAGAGAAGAAUUCAGAGAAUGAACAAACGUUUGUCGAACUUUGUGAUGAGCUACUCUCCUUAGUUGUAAAUCCAUGGCUGGCAGAGUAUAGUGAUGAAACCAAGGAGUUGUCUUGCGUUAUGGAUGUAUUAUUUGGUGUUUUGAAAUGCUACUCAUUGGAAUCACAAAUAGUUACCUUAAGCAAAGUGUUAGAGACAAAUAACAGUACAGAGUUUAUGUAUACUCUACUACAGAAGGGAAUACACCUAUCAAUAUCUGGAAUGUCCACUUGGCUGGCAAGCCAAUCAGGUUCCGAGAAAGUGCAAAAGUUGCUGAGAGUUGCAAGAUGUGAUGACAGUGACUUACAUGAAGAGUCUUUCUGGGGGAUAAUAAAGCUAUGUGUUGCUGAUCAAAAAACUGGUCCUCUCGUUAGCAUGUCAUGCUUGGAUAUCAUCAUGGAAAACACUGUUGAAAUGCUGCGCAGCAAGAACAACAAGCAUCUGUCAAGAAUUCUUGGUGUUUUACAUGGCUAUUUUGAAUGGUGUAGAACAAAUCCUGAUGACCUGAGUUUUCACUGUGAAGAUAUUCUUCUUUCAUUGUUUCUUAUUCAGCUGUCUGAACCCAUUUUAUGUGAACAAGUUUUAGAAACUUGGCAAACUGGACUACAAGCUGUCAGCAUGCAAAGUUCAAAAUGUAAUGUCGUUCUUGUAAGAACAUCAGGAAUUAUCAAUGAACAACUCAAGUCUGCACAACCAGUUGAUAGAGUUUUAAGUUUGAGUGGUUCUGCAGUUCAACUACUAAAAGCAGCCAGCAACCUGUCAACAGAGGACAGUUUGUCUACACUUUAUGCCCAUAAGAUUUACCAUGGUUUGUUACCAGACCCCACUCAAUGCACAGAGUGGAGAGAGAAAAGCAACACAGGAAGUUGGCUUGGCUCACAUCUGUGUUCAUCAAUGCCAAUCUUGAGUCAAAUGCCAGAAAUUCAGAUAGUUGCUGAUGUAUUGGACAUGCACCAAAAGGUUGUCAUGCUUGUCGUUCUUGUAACUAAGACUGUUUUAACAGGUCAUGAAGGACUGACAGCUGUUACAGUCAGUGAUGAUGUUCUUGUCAGGUUGUACUUGGAGGCGGCAUGGAUACAUGUCUGGUGUCUGUGUGUCUUGGGAUGUAGAAAUGUCAAUAAUACUCAGAAAUCAUCUGCAUUCAUACAGCAACUGCCUAAAAUUCAUAAUAUUUCUGAACUUUUAUCAAGAACUUUGCUGGAAUUACAAAGUGUUUUAGAGGAAAGACAAAUCCUAGCUCUUCUGUUUCAAGAAAGUCUCAUGAUUUCCAAGACAAAAGGCUUGCUUUGGACUGUUGUUUUUACUGGUGUUAUCCAACAACUAGGCCAUAGAAAUGUUGACUUCGACUUGAGUGCCGUUCUGACAGAGUUGAAUGGGACAGUAUUUGACUAUGCAACAAGCUCAUUGAGAUCUGACGGGAAUCGUGAGGCAAUAAUACAAAGUGUUACAUGUCUUUUACCUUACGUGGGAAGUAUCUACGACGUUAAAGUGAUUACUGAACAUGGGAACAAAUACUUUGAACAAGAGCUUUCUGCAGAAGAGUAUUCCUGUGUUAUUCCACUGGUAUCGGAAUCGUUAUCAACAUGGUCAAAGCUCACCAAUACUAGUGAAGAAGCUAAGAUGGAGUAUCAAUUAACACUAAUUGAAACACUGGAUGGUUUAAUGGAAUGGAAGAAUAAACAUGACAGAAUAUUACUGUUGAAUGCCACGUUGAAUGAUGUCACUGCUGCAGAGUUGACCAUCAACAUUGCUAUUUUAAACAUAAUCAAACUUGCUGUUCAAGACACACCCAACAUGUUGACUUCCAGUCAUUGGGACUUUAUUCUGUGUGGCAUUGCUGGCUGGCUGCAGACCUGCGAGGAAAACUUUACAUCCAUCGCCUCAUCCAUUGUGACAAACAAUCUCUGUCAGCAAACAUUCAAGGUGUUGACAGUUGUUUCAAAGCACUUUCAAGAUCUCCCAGAGCAACCUCAACAAGAACCAGCGCAAGAAAAAUCAGACAGCAUUGAAAAUGAUGAAAGCAACCAAGAUGGUUCACCAUCAACUUUGAUUGGUGAAUGGCAAGAGUUUUUCAGCAUCAAUCUGUACAACUGUGUUAUCUCUAUGUUUCUAAGCGCAGCAGAAAUGUCAUCCAAAAGCAAUUCUUCGCUGCCAUUUGUGUCAACCUGUGAGAGCCUGGGUCUAGCUAUGACAUAUUUACCAAUCAGUGUACUGGAGAACUAUGAAUUCACACAUACAACUGCUGAAGAUGAUGCUUUACCACAGUGGGCUCAAGAUGUUUUACAUUACACUCUACCGGUGGUCAGUAGCAGUGUUUACCCAUUGAAGAUUACAGCUUACUUGUUACUUGCAAGGGUUAUGCCAGUACUUGCUUCUUGUCAUACUCGUAAAGAGAAUCGCGAUGAAGAGAAUGAAAUCCAAAGGUCUCCGCCUGUAGAGUUAAUGCAAGUUAUCGACACUGCACUAAGUCAUAUGGUGUCCUUAUUAGAUGAUGCAUCUGUCCCCUUUGGUACUCGACUCUGCCUUGCUAGUGACCAUGAAUCCCUGACUGACAGCUUCGCAUUAUUCAUGUCAUGUCGAUUGCUGAUUAUAUUCUUUCAACAAACCAACGUCCAAACCAGACCAGAAUAUGCUCUAUUCUUGAGGAAAAAUAAAUUCAUAGAUAAGCUUAUGAGCGUGCUCUUUCGUAUAAUACCGCUGGAUGGUCCUACAGCAGUCACUGAAGGAUUUGAGUUGUCAGUCAAAGACGAUGUCACCGAGAAUCUAGCACAGAACCUGGGACGUAGUCUAUACUACAGCGUUCUUCAUUGGAUGCCAGCAAUGGUUCGUCAGUGGUUCAAUAGACUAGAAAAGAAAUAUGCUAAUAUGGUGGACAAAUACACCUCAUCCUCCGUCACACCAUCACUAUGCCAACGUGAAAUGACACAGGUCAAGAACUCCUCUCUUCAGUUCUCUAACAUGCACGUCAAAGCUCGGCCCGUAGCUGGCGAGGUCGCAGCUGUCUACACUGUUGAUGAUCUGUCAAUGGAACUUGUAGUGAAGCUGCCAAAUAACCACCCACUAGGGGUAGUGACAGUCGAUAGUGGUAAGAAAGUCGGAGUAACAACAUCACAAUGGAGGAGUUGGAUUCUGCAACUAACAACAUUUCUCACUCAUCAGAAUGGCUCGAUUAUGGACGGUCUUGUCCUCUGGAAACAGAAUGCAGACAAACACUUUGAAGGAGUUGAAGACUGUAUGAUAUGUUUCUCAGUCAUCCACGCAUCAAACUACUCCCUGCCAAAACUCAGCUGUAGAACUUGUAAAAAGAGGUUCCAUAAUAUCUGUCUUUACCGAUGGUUUAACACUAGUAACAACUCUACCUGUCCACUGUGCAGAAAUAUAUUCUGAAGACAAUAAAAUGAAACGUCCUGGAAAGUCCUGGAAUUUCGUAUUUUAUUUUCCAGGUCUAGAAAGUCAUGAGAUUUUGUCUAGGGUCAUGGAAAGUCAUUGAAAAUGUUAAACAAUUGAAAUCUCUCCUGAUCAAUAAAAUACUUCCAAAUUGGUCCCUUUUAAAGGCUGACAUACAUAACGUUCUGACAGCCAUUCGUCUGUAUUUUACUCAUUAAACGUGAUAUAAACCUUCA